CGAAGCCAGUCAACCGAAGUCUACGGUCAGGUUCAGUUUGGAAGCCAACUAUCUUACCGGCACCUCAGGAACUAAUCGACAAGAGCAACAACUGGAAUACAGAGUCUUAUAUAUUCUACAUACAUACAUAUACACAUAGCUACAUAAUAUACGUAAAUAAGCAUGCGACAGAUACGUGGAAUUUGGUUAUUGUCAGUGCUAUUGCUUGGACUUUCCUAUAGCCAUGCAGAUCUGCUUGACUGUGAGGAGAAAGUGCCUGCUGUGCUCACUGAAAUGGGCGAAAAAAUUUCGGAGAUAACUGGCAGUAGCAGCAGUUCCGAGCACGAAGUAAGCGACUUCUUUAAGAACGUCGGAUGUCAGCUAAAGAAUGGCGCAAAAAAGCUUGGGGAGAAGGCAAAGGACUUAGGUACUGAAAUUAAGGAGGGUGCCAAGAAACUGGGAGAGCGUGCAAAGGAUCUGGGCACCGAUAUUAAGGAGCGAUUCGGAGAUUUUCGCGAAAAGCUCGCCAAAGAUUCCGCUGAGGAGAUGAGCAAAGAUCGCGGCUUUCUUGCCAACGUCGAGAUCAUCAAUCCAGACAUUCUCAAAGGUGAGCAACAGUGCGGACACGGGCACAUUCUGGAUGCCUUGGGCAACUGCAGCAAGCUAAGGAAGUAAUGCAGCUGAGUUUAAAUGUAAACCUUUUUUUUUUUGUCUUUAUUAUUUCGUUAAUCUGCUUUGUAAAUAAAACAAACUGCUAUUUUAACAACAGCAAUAUCAAAUGUA